AAUGAAGAGGUGAGUCUCCCAAGUGUGAACAGCGCCUGACAGAGCUAGGGCGUAAAAGCACGCGUGAAAGUUCUAGGGGAGGGCAGGAGUCUUGUCCCUGUCUCCUGUCCUCCGCCUCCAAGGGGAGGGAGGUGGGGCAGUGGAAGCCCAGAUCCUGCUCUUUCAUUUUCGUUUCCCGGAAGGAUAGCGAUUACCGGAGCCCAUUACCGCUCCGGGAUUGCGAGCUUCUGCGCCCCUAGGUCCCAGGCGCUUCCAAAGAGUUUUCCUCCCCUCGUCGAUUUUUUCUUUUCCUGGUCCAGGAAAAGAAUUUGGGUGGAAGGAGGACUAGGAAGUGACGAUCAAGGUCCUCCAGCCAUCGGAGCCAACUCAGCCCUCAGCAGAGAAAGUCAGGCUUGAACUCCUUCACCUGGGAUACAGCUAUCUGCUGCUGGUAAGGAGCUUCAAGGGACCUUCUACUUCUAAGAACAAGAUCCAAUACUGAGCCCCUUUAUUAGCACGGAGAAGAAUGGAGAGAAUGCUGCAUCUGGAGCCUGAGGACAUAGGGAGGGGAGUUGGCUAAUUCUUUCAGUCCUGUGGCAGCAACAUCACCCCCAGCCACUGAGGUCAAAGCCAGAUGUGAGGCUAAAAUGCAACUUAUCCAUGAGGAGGAGAUCUGCAAGUUGCCAGGCAGACUCAGAAUCCAGCCUUCACUGUGGAGUAAGGAGGAUGUGAUUCACUGGCUAAGAUGGGCUGAGCAGGAAUACUCUCUCCCACAGACAGUGGAGCACAAUUUCGAAAUGAAUGGGAAGGCCCUCUGCAUCCUGACCAAGGAUGACUUCAGAUACCGAGCUCCGGGCUCAGGUGAUGUCUUAUAUGAGCUGCUUCGGUAUAUUAAGACACAGAGGAGAGCCCUGGUCUGUGGACCCUUCUUCAGCUCGCCGUUCAGGCCUAGGAUCCCUUUCCAGAAGCCUCUCCAUCCUGUGGAAGGGACAAAUAGCCCUUUACCACCUACCUCUCAAGGAGCUGUGACACACCUUCAGGACGAGGAGUCCAGCAAUACCUUUGGCCAGCUGCAUCCUACCUCUCUGCCACAAGGGACUUUCUUCAGGGAAGAGCCACUCAAUCUCUCCCACCCAUCAGAUGUCACCUAUAGGGCAGAAAUCAUUUCUUCCUUUCACAGAACAAAGCAAACCCCCAAUGAUGGAAAACUUGCAGACUGCCGCUUACUAUGGGAUUACGUGUACCAAUUGCUCUCUGACAGCAAGUAUGAGCCCUACAUCAAGUGGGAGGACAAGGACUCCAAGGUCUUCCGAGUGGUUGAUCCAAAUGGACUUGCCAGGCUCUGGGGAAAUCACAAGAACCGGGCCAACAUGACCUACGAAAAGAUGUCCAGGGCUCUUCGGCACUACUACAAACUGAAUAUUAUCAAAAAGGAGCCAGGACAGAAACUUUUGUUCAGGUUCCUGAAAACUCCUGAUGAGAUCGUUAAGGACAAAAUCAGCAAGUUGGAGCAGCUGGAGCAGCAGGAUCAGGAAGGACUGGAUUUUAAGGAGGAGAUGCUAGAAGUCUCCCCCUAAGAAAGGCAGAGAUGAUAAAGGAGAGUUUUUCACCUGAGGAGAAGGAAGAAGAAGCAGCCCACUUGCCCUUUGCUCCAAGGCUUAGAGAAGUCAGAGAUUCUUGAUGAAGGGCAAAAAUGUGGAAGGAAGCAUCCUUCAAGUGCUCUUCCAAGGAUUCAAAUCUGGGACUCAAAUCUGUGCUUCUGUCAAGGGCACCCCACAGCCACAGGAUGCCAGAAGCCAAGAUGGAUAGUACUCUUGCCCCUACAGACCCUUUCCUUAAAUGUCCCUUUGGAGAACUGUA